AUGUCGUCACGAAAGCUGAAUGUGCUGGUCUACACAGGCACCGGGACGACCGUCGAGUCCGUCCGGCACUGCAUCUACUCUCUCCGGAGGCUCCUCUCGCCCAACUAUGCCGUGAUCCCGGUAACCGAGACGGCCCUCCUCCAGGAGCCGUGGGCGCCGACCUGCGCACUUCUGGUCCUGCCGGGCGGCGCCGACCUAGGCUACUGCCGGGUCCUCAACGGCGCCGGCAACCGGCUCGUCGCCCAGUUCGUCCGCCGUGGCGGCGCCUACCUGGGCCUCUGCGCCGGCGGCUACUAUGGCAGCGCCCGCUGCGAGUUCGAGGUCGGCAACCCCGACCUCGAGGUCGUCGGCUCAAGGGAGCUGGCCUUCUUCCCGGGCACCUGCCGUGGCGGCGCCUUCGCUGGCUUCACCUACCACAGCGAGAGGGGCGCCCGGGCGGCCCGGCUUGUCGUCAGAAAGGACGCCUUCUCCGGCGCCGGAAUCGUGCCCGGUGAGCUGAGGUGCUAUUACAACGGUGGAGGCGUGUUUGUAGAUGUGGAGAAGUGGGAAGCCGAGGGGGUCGAGGUGCUGGCCGAGUACGACGAGGACCUGGACGUCGAUCCGGGAGGCCCAAAAGCCGCCGUGGUGUUUUGCAAGGUCGGAGAUGGGUUAGCGCUGGUCACAGGGCCGCAUCCAGAAUUUGCUGCGGCCAAUCUAACCAGGCAACCCGAUGUCCCCGGCUAUGACGACCUUAUUGACGCCUUGGCCGCCGAUGACGAAGCCAGGUCCAACUUCUUGAAGGCGUGUCUGCUGAAGCUCGGUUUAGAAGUAAGCCAAGAGGCGUCAUCCAUUCCGUCUCUCUCAAAGCUUCACCUAUCCACACUCUAUCCAACAGACGUGGGCGAGUUGCUCCAUUCUUUCAACGAAAUCAUCUCCAAAGAGGCCGGCGAGGAGUUCAUCAGGGCCGAGAACGACGUGUUCCAUAUCGAAAAGCCGGGCUCGACGUGGUCCAUGGCCGGGCUUGAAGAGGCACUCGAGGUUGCAUCUGGUGGCACGACAGCUAAAGAUCAGAUGGUUGAUCACAGCAAGAUUGUCAAGCGUAUAGCGGCGCAUGAUGAAGCUUGGCCGGAACCUAAGGAGACGCCAUACUUCAACCACGCCGUCUUCUACUCGAGCUUGCAAGAAUACCGCGAUGAGCGCGACAGCCAAGCUCAUAGCUGGGGCGAUGCCUUCAUGUAUGGGGAGGUCGUCACUAGCACAAACACACUGCUGGACAAGAAUCCAAAGCUGCUCUCCAAACUUCCGACAGGCUUCACACUAGCCGCAACGACGCAGGUAGCUGGUCGGGGUCGGGGGUCCAACGUCUGGGUGUCCCCAGCAGGGUGUCUGAUCAUGUCGACGGUGAUCAACCACCCGGCCCACCUCGCAGCCAGCCGGCCGAUCGUGUUCAUCCAGUACCUGGCGGCGGUGGCCAUCGUGGAGGCGAUCCAGACCUACGACGCCGGCUUCGGCGGCAUGCCGAUCAAGCUCAAGUGGCCCAACGACAUCUACGCGCUGGACCCGGACAAGCCGGCCGGCAGCGGCAGCGCGGCGUCGUACGUCAAGAUCGGGGGGAUCCUGUCCAACUGCGCCUACUCGUCGGGCAACUACCAGAUCGUGCUGGGCAUCGGCGUUAACACGACCAACGGCCGGCCGACCACGAGCCUGGACGCCCUGCUGGCGGCGGUGGGCAGGCGGGCCGGCCGGGAGCUCCCGCCGUUCCGCAUCGAACGGCUCGUCGCGCGGAUCCUGACGCGGCUCGAGGCGCUGUACGGCGAGUUCUGCCGGUCCGGGUUCGCGCCGCGCCUGGAGGAGCGGUACUACAGGCACUGGCUGCACACGGACCAGAUCGUGACGCUCGAGGCCGAGGGCGGGGUCAAGGCGAGGGUGCUGGGCAUCACGCGGGACUGGGGCAUGCUGAAGGCCGAGGAGCUGAGGCCGGACGGCAUCAACGGGGCACUGAGGGCGACGGGGAAGGUGUGGGCGCUGCAGAGCGACGAGAACAGCUUCGACUUUUGGAGGGGGCUCGUGAGGAGGAAGGUGUGAGGUUUUGUUACCUGCCCUUCCG